CAUUGCCUUUGGUGCCAAUCGAAGAUGGUGAAGAAAGGCAAGGCGGUCAAGCAGGUGGCGACGGCAGCCCAGUUGCUCGAGCGAGCGGAGACCUUGGUCGACCAGUUGCAGCCGGAACUGGCCAUCAAGUUCUUCCAAAAGGCCGCGGCUCUGGAACCAAACAACUCGGAGAUCUACGAUGCCAUCGGGGAGCUGGCCACGGAAAUCGGAGACCCGCACACGGCACUGCAAGCCUUUCUCAAGAGCAUUGACGUGGCACCCAAGCACAACCCAGGCAAAUAUCUGUAUGCUGCCCAGCUUGUACAGGGCGAAGAGAGCGAAAAGUUUGCGCUCCAAGGCAUUGAGCACAUGAGCGCGUCGUUGGCCCACGUUCCCGACCAUCUGGACGAAUCUAAGUUAUUGAAAAAGCAGAUUUGCGACGCGUACUGCAGUUUAGGCGAAUUGUACAUGUCCGACUUGUGCGAUGCCCACGAUGCGGAAGCCAAAUGUGAACAUUAUUUGCAGGAAGCGCUCAAGUUUGACUUGGGGUUGCCCGAUGCGACCCAGGCCAUGGCCAAUUUUCGGUUGGUGCAGCAGCGCACAGACGAAGCGAUCGCGUUCCUCGACGAAACGCUCAAGCGCCUCAAUGCAUGUGACGAACACACGAUGCCGUCGUUGGAAUUCCGCAUCGUUACGGGCAAGUUGCUGGUCGAAGUGGAAAAAUUCGAGCAAGCCGCGUACGUGUUGGAAGGGGUGAUGCAAGAAGACGACGAGAAUGCUGAAGUGUGGUUCCUUGUCGGGUCGUGCUACAACGCGCUGGAGGACUACGACACGGCUCUGGAGUUCCUUGAGCGCUGUGACGCGAUGCUCUCAAAGCUGCAAAAAGACAUGGGAGACGAGUUUGAGCUCGAUCAGCAGCUGGAUACGGUCCGGUCCCUGAUAGAAUCGAUCAAGCAAAUCGAACCUGUGGGGGAUGACGACGGCGACAAAGAUCAAGAUAUGGAGUAGUGUAGAUAUGGGCUUUUCAAUUUAUGACCUUUCGAGUUGCAA